GUUAAACCAAGUCAUUUUUACUUUAGUUUAUCAUCUGUUUUCAUUCAUGCAUAAUGUCACGACACAAAAAUUUCAGAGGAAAAAAGUUCGAAGCUGAAGAGGAUGACUACGAUGAUGAUUACGAUGAUUAUGAAUAUUCGGUUUCGCCAGAUGCAAGUAAUGAUUUCCUAAAUCCCCAAUCAAUUAAAAUACCACUGUCUUCCUUUGAAAAGCAUCCUGUUAUUGCUGACAAAACACCUGAGAAUGAUACCUGUCUCAAUUCAUGUUUAGACAGCAUUAAAGAUUUAAUUGGGGAUGCUGUAUCAGAUAACAUAAUUAAAAAUGAAAUCAUCAAGUGUAAAUAUGAUAUAGAGAUGACACUUGAUCAUUUAUUGCAGAAUCAAACCUUAAAAAAAGGUAACCCUAUUAUCGCAACUGAUGGUAAUAACAAUAAAAUCCUGAAAAAUAAACCAGUUUUGAUUCAAAAAUUUUCAAGCAUUAUUGAUAAUAAAUCCAAAAUACCACUUUUAAGCCAAUCAAGGUCUCCACCAAAUAAAAUGGCACCUCAAUCUUUAAUAUCAACAAAUUUAACUAAGGACACAUUGGCUAAUUAUUUAAAAUCGAAUAAUCCACCCUCUCUCCCACCUAAGGACAUGCUUGAUAAUGUGAGUCAAAAUAAAUUGAAGACUAUUAAAUUUAUUGAUAAGCUUCCUUCUUUUACUUCUAAAAACUUUAAUUCCUCGCCAUCAAAUGCCAUGAAACAACCCAUUAUUUUGCAUACACCUCGAGCAAAUUUUAAACCCUUGUUACCUUCCUUUUCCUCUAAACGUGACAUUUUGUUUAAAAAAGACACCUCCGCGAAAGUCGAAACCUCGCCCAAAAUAUGUCCAACUUCGACAAACACCUCUCAUUUUGAAUCUCGAAUUCCGGUAUUCGGAGAAGCGGAUACACCAAUAUCCACGAAAUUUGAUGAAAAUGCACAAAAGAAUGUCGAUACAUUAGAAGAACUCCAAAUAACUCCGCUAAAAACCCGGAUCAGCGAUCAAAGAAAUCUUUCAUACUUGAAUAACGUACACGAUUUUAAUUAUUCGGAUAAUGGCACUGGACCGAAUCUUGAUUCGAACGAACCUCUCACCGAUCUCGGUAAUUAUGCCACAACAAAGGGGGAGGCAUCCACAUUUAGCCGAAUCCUGUCAAGUCCUUCCAACAAUUUGAAUAGUGGGUUAAGUCUCAGUAAGUCUAACAUGACUCUUUCACCUUCGAAUAACGUUCCAGAAAUUUUCGGAGCUUUGAAUAAAGUUGAUUUAUCAAAUACAUUUAUUGGAAACAUUCCUUAUGAAUUACCUAUCAAGGAUAACGAUUUUAAUCACAUAUUGAUUCCUUGGCUCCUAGAUUUGCUCCGUCCCAAUCUCGACAAAUAUUCAUAUCUUGAUCCGAGUUUGAACAAGAAAGGUCGCAAGAACAAUCCCAAAAAGGCUCCUAAAAACGAAAAUCUCGAUAGAAGCCAACUCUUGACUUCGUCAUUAGAUGCGGGUAUGUCGAAUUUAAACAUAGUGUCUCCUAUUCCCACAACGCCAUCUAAAAAAAUAGGAAAAAAUCCGCGAAAGGAGGACUCCAAGGAAGUCAAAGAUGGAAGCAAGAUUGCUAAAGAUCUAGUCCCCGAACCAGAAAAGGUUUUAAACUCGAGCCCAGUGGAAUAUAGGCUGGAUGCCAAGGAGUUGGAGAUGUUGGAGGAAGCGAAAAAAUGUCGAAAAAUGGAAGGCAAUAGCGUUAUCAACGUUGUUACAUUAGGUCACGUGGACGCCGGAAAAAGUACCCUAAUAGGCCAUUUGCUCUGCUUGAAGGGUAAUAUUAGCCAGAGAACUAUGCAUAAAAACGAAGUGGAAUCCAAGAAAGUCGGUAAAGGAUCUUUCGCUUACGCGUGGGUACUAGACGAAACAGGGGAAGAAAGAUCUAGGGGCAUCACCAUGGAUGUCAGUCACAGAUGCUUGAAAUUGAAAAAUGUUACCGUGAAUCUUAUAGACUCUCCUGGCCAUAAGGAUUUUAUCCCUAACAUGAUAACAGGCGCCUCACAAGCCGAUGCUGCCAUUUUAGUGAUAGACGCUACUAAAGGCGAAUUCGAAACUGGAUUUUUAAGCGGGGGUCAAACUCGGGAACAUGCCAUCUUAGCUAGAUCUUUAGGGGUAUCUCAAUUGAUAGUGGCCGUAAACAAGAUGGACACUCUGGCACGUCAUAAUGUCGAAAGAUUCUCCCAAAUUUUGCUGCAGAUGACCCCAUUUUUGCGGCAGUGCGGAUUUAAGGAUAGCGCCAUUUCUUUUGUUCCCGUAUCGGGGCUGGUCGGAACAAACCUCAUUGAAACGCCCAAGGAUACCGACGACGAUAUAAAGUUUUUGGCUCUGUGUCGCCAGACCGGAACCCUUGUGGAUCGAUUGGAAUCCUUGAAUAUUCCUGAAAGGCGUUUGGAUUACCCGUUGAGAUUCGUCAUCAGCGAUUCUUAUAAAUCCCCCAUCGGUUCUGGCUUUUGUCUUUUCGGACAUUUGGAAACUGGCUUCAUGAAUAUCGGCGGAAUCAAGGGUUCUUCCAAAAAUAACGCCAAGUAUGUGAUUUUACCCGCGAACGAAAUUGUGACCAUUAAAAACAUAAAAUUAGGCGAAACAGAUGUUCAUUUGAUCUUAGCAGGAGAUCAUGUAACGCUAACAGUAAUGGGGGGUCCCGAACUGCCGCUGAAACUAGUUUCUAAUGCCUGUCAAAUCCUCACACCCAUCAAUCAACCUAUACCUUUGGCAAAUGUAAUCCUGGCGAAGAUCUUGGUUUUUGACGUUUCAUCAUCGCAUGACCAAGAUAAAUCGGACGGGUUUUAUAACAAUUUUACGAAUAACUGCCCAUCCAUUUAUUCUCCUAUCACGUUGGGAUUCGAAGCGGUAUUUCAUUACCUAUCUUUCGCGGAACCUUGCGUUAUAACUAAGCUGGUGGCUUUGAUCGAUAAAUCGACCGGUGAAUACGUUACUAAUGCUAUCCAGGAUGGGAAAAAACCUAAAGUUAAAAAGCCCAAGUUGGUGAGUAAAGGUGAAUCGGCAGAAUGCGAGAUAACAUUUAGUCGGGCAAUAUGUAUAGAGCCAUUUUCAUCCUUCGGUUGUAAAGAACUUGGAAGGUUCACUCUUAGACAAUUUGGUCGGUCGGUUUGCGCCGGAAUAGCCAUAAAAAUUCUCAGUUGAAAACAAAAAUAGUUCCUCAAAAAAAUCUCCGGAAAUAUUCUGAUCAAGAAAUUCGAUCGAUUAUUUUAUUGCCUCAAAUUGUUUCAUAAUGUAAUCCAUUAUUUAAUAAUCCAAUUCGAAUAAAAUAUUGCAUAAUUAUUUUUUUUUAAUUUUAUUUGCAAAUAAAAUUAAAUUAUUUUGCAAAAAUUUGUUAAAUGUAUAAAUAUGUUAUUUUCAUAAAUUCUUUGCAAAUUAAACAAUUUUAUCUAUAGGGAGGAUUAAAGUAAU